AUGACUAUAUUUGUGCCUCUCCCCCUCCCCUCAGACCAGCAAAUCGAUGAAUUUGAGGAUAUCGUUCUAAAGAGAAGUUACCAUGUCACCAACCGAUCUCUGAUUCGCGAGGCCCUCCAAGGCUCUGCUCUAUCCAAUCCCGCCGGCAAGAUCCUCUCCUUGAGCGGGGACGCAAUUCUCCGCCACAUUCUCGUCGACCAGGGGCGAGACCGUAACAAGUCUCCAGAGGAGAUCCAGAAUGUCAUCACCAUAGUGGCCUCCAAUAACAAUCUUUGGAACCGGGGCAUUGCCAUAGGUCUUGACCCCUUCCUCGUGAGGCAUCCGGGCCAGCAGGGCAUCCCGGUCGGCAAAAAUGUCAUGGCCAAUUCCAUGGAAGCCAUAAUUGGCGCUGUCUACUAUGACUCCGAUAGGAAUCUCGAGGACUGCGAAAGAGUCAUGGCUAUCCUUGGUCUUUCCUGGCCCGAGUGA